CAGGGAGAUCACAAAUGGUAUCGCUAUUGGCCCUGCCACGCGUGUCCUGGAUAGCACGCUCUAUUCUCACGCUGAUGCAUGAAUCACUUCGUGCAAUAAUACUGAUUUCGCAUUUUUCGCUGACUCUCGGUAAUGUCAUGGUUAUGCUAUGAAGAGCAGUAAGACGGUUGCGUUGUACAAUGUGGUCUUCGAGAGCCGACGGUACAAAAGCCUUAGGCGUUUCCUGUCCAUCAUCAAAUACGUGGUGGUCGCAGUACUGGUGCACCUCUACGCCUUGGUAUUGAUCACCAAAGACUGGACAGGUUCUUGGUGCAGGGAUGUCAAGUUCACGGUGGGGUCGGUUAUCUUCGGAGACGUCGUCGCGCUGCACUCGAUCAUGGCGGAUGCGAACCUCUUUGCCAAGGCCGCUGAGAAGUGCAAGGCGCUACGUCUUCUCUUGCAGGCCUCUACUAAGUUCUUCAUCUUCAAAGUGAUCAUCUGGAUGAUUCUUGCGGGCUUCGUUGCCUUCUACGUUGUGAGAAAAGGCAUACAUGACUGGCGUAGCCUCAUUCCGGUGUGGGGAGCAGCCCUCUUUGUAACCGUAGGAUACGUAUUCUCUAAGCAUCGCUCACAUAUUUCCUGGACGGCUAUCAGGAUGGGUUUGGCAACGCAGAUCCUCUGUGGUUUUGUUGCAAUCCGCUGGAAUCCUGACUUUUUCACCUGUAUUAGUUCGAAGCUGGAACAAGCGCUGGAGUUCACGAACUGCGGGAGUCUUUUCGUCUUUGGCCAUCUCGUAGAUGGUGCGUUUGACGGCAUCCCACAGCAAAUACCGAUCUUCGCGUUCUCGAGCCUUCCCGUUGUCAUCUUUUUUGGCUUCUUUAUCUCCGUGCUCUGCUAUUUGGGAGCCGUGCAGUUUGUCAUGCUGAACAUGGGACAACUUAUGCACCUGACUACGCGCAUUACAGCGUGUGAAUGCAUGUGCAGUGUUGUGAGCGUCUUCUUGGGAGAAACAGCCGCGGCGUCCUUAAUCAAACCAUACCUUUCUGAAAUGACUCUCUCAGAGCUGCACUGUGUCAUGUCAUCUGGCUUUAGCGGGGUAUCUGGAGUUGUCUUCGCCCUAUUAAUUCAUUGGGGGACGAAUGGAGCCCAUCUACUGGCUGCGAACCUAAUGUCUGCUCCUGCUGCUCUGGUUAUGUCUAAGCUCAUGUACCCUGAAACUGAAAAGUCUACCACCAGCAGUGACGUCAUCAGGCCCGCUAGAAGCCAGGAGAAAACCAUCUUCGAGGCGGGCUCUAAUGGCGUGCAUCACGUGAUGGGUGUUGCAGCCAGAAUGGCUGCUAGCCUGAUCGCGUAUAAGUCGUUCCUCUAUAUGAUCGACAACAUACUUCGAACCUUAGGUGACUUGGUCGACGCGCAUUGGAGCCUGCAGGGUGUACUGGGGAACGUUUUCGCAGUGAUCAGUAUGCUUAUGGGCGUAGACUCGGACGAAAUGACUACUGUGGGCUACCUUAUUGGUCUUCGUGUCUGCGCCAGUGAGGUGAUCGCCUUCAUGGAGCUCAAGUCUUUGACAUCUCAGAAUAAGCUGACGGCGCGCGGGGAGCUGAUCAGCAUCUACGCCCUGUGCAGCACAUCCAACUUGUCAAACAUCGGGCCAAUUGAACGGCUUUUUAUUCACGUGGCUCCCCGUCGUGCGGAUGAUAUCUUUGAUCUCAGCUGGCGCGCUAUGUUCACAGGUUGCCUAUGUAGCUUUGUGAACGCCUGCAUUGCAAGUGCCCUCAUUGAAUAAAUGUCACUGUGUACGUGACAUGGGAGCUACAACUCCCAGAUCUACAGAACCAGGUUCAGAUCACGGAAGUCCAACCUCCGUGCUAGCACUAUACAUUUUUCAUGUUACAAUAUGGAUAUAGUUGUAUAAAUACAUUUAUUUGUCCCUAA